CGCGCUGCUCUCGUCACAGCGCCGCGGGACAGCCAUGCCGGGUCGCCUUCUGCGGGGCCUGUGGCAGCGAUGGCGCCGUUACAAGUACCGCUUCGUUCCUUGGAUCGCGCUGAACCUAAACCACAAUCCGAGGACCCUCCGAUAUGUUCCAGAGGAAUCCAAAGACAAAGUUAUCUCAGAUGAAGAUGUCCUAGGAACAUUACUGAAAGUUUUCCAGGCUCUAUUCAUAAAUGAUUUCAAUAAGCAAUCAGAUAUCUUGACUAUGCUUCCAGAAACUGUUAAAUCAAAAUACCACAAUCUACUGUCAGUUCAACAUCCAAGGGUGAAACUGCUUGAAUACAGACAUCAACAGCAAAAUACCUUUAAACCAGAAGAAAUUCUUUAUAAGACAUUGGGUUUCAGUGUUGCCCGAGCAACUAGCUCACUGAUAUCUGCUGGAAAAGGUGUCUUCGUUACCAGAGGAUUGGUACCAAAAGGCGCGGUUGUAUCUAUGUAUCCUGGUACAGUAUAUCAGAAGUAUGAGCCAAUCUUUUUCCAGUCCAUUGGAAAUCCAUUUAUUUUUAGAUGCCUGGAUGGGGUACUCAUUGAUGGAAAUGACAAAGGAAUAUCAAAAGUUGUAUAUAGAUCUUGUAAUGGGAGAGAUCAACUUGGUCCUUUCAAAAUGAGUGAUAGUACAUGGCUAACAUCAGAAAUUUGUAAUCCACUGGCUGUAGGACAGUAUGUCAACAAUUGUUCAAAUGACAGAGCAGCUAAUGUCUGCUAUCAAGAAUUUGAUGUGCCUGCAGUCUUCCCUAUAGAGCUGAAGCAGUAUCUUCCAAACAUUGCCUAUAGCUGUGACAAACAAAGCCCACUUCGAUGUGUCAUUCUUGUAGCACUAAGGGACAUCAAACAAGGAGAAGAGCUUUUUUCAAACUACUAUACAAUUGUCAGCUAACUAUGAGCUAGAAAUUAGGUUUUCUACCCAGCUAUUGAGUUCACUCUAAAUGUUUUUUGUUCAUCAUAUCUCUGACUUAACCUAUAGAACAAAUAUUUUGAGGCCUAAUUGGAGGGGGUAGGUAUUUUUGUUUUUAUGAUAAAAGCUAUGUGCUUCAUUGCAAUUUCAAAUUUGGAAUACAAUUCCAAUUUUAAUUAGCUUUCCCUUAAAUAUACAGUAGCUUAUUAAGUUAAAACCUACUGUCUGAACUUAAAAUUCAAAUUUUCUUUUAUUUUGUAUAUCUCUGUGGUGCUUUAUAAAAUUCCAGCCAAGCUGGAAUUUUCAUUUCUUACACUGUUGAUAUGUACAAACUUGUGUAAAAACUUAUUUUUAUGUAAUAAACAUAAAAAUAUAAAUUAAAUAAA